UCUAUGAUGGGCAACAGCCGGAGCCCUGUGUUCCUCACUUCCUCCUCCUCUCACUGCCCCUCUCACCAUCCCCAGGCCUGCUUCCUGCCCAACGGCACCAAGAACGGCAUCGGAGACGCGGGCGCCGCCUGUCAGCCGGCAGUGGCCAUCCUGGGCUCCGGCGACUUCGCCAAGUGUCUGACGCUCCGCCUGCUGCGCUGUGGCUUCCAUGUGGUGGUAGGCAGCCGCCACCCCAAACUGGCAGCCCAGUCGUUUCCUCACGUGGUGGACGUGACGCACCAUGAGGACGCCGUGGGGAAGGCGAGCGUUGUGUUCCUGGCGAUCCGCCGUGAGCACUACUCCGUCCUGUGGGACCUCAAACAUCUACUGGAAGGAAAGAUCCUGGUGGACGUGAGUAACAACAGGAGGGUGAACCAGUACCCAGAAUCCAACGCUGAGUACCUGUCCUCCCUGCUGCCAGACUCCACCGUGGUCAAAGGCUUCAACGUCAUCUCCGCCUGGGCCAUGCAGCAGAGCUGCCCCAAGGAUGCCAGCACACAGGUGUUCAUCUGCAGUGAUUCUGUGGAGGCCCGGCAGCAGAUCAUGGAGCUGGCCCGUCAGCUCAGCUUCCAGCCUGUGGACAUGGGGACUCUGUCUUCUUCGCGGGACAUUGAGAACAUGCCACUGCAGUUAUUUCCUGGCUGGAAGGGCCCCGUCCUCGCAGCCGUGGCCCUCUCCAUCUUCUUUUUUGCUUACUCUUUUGUACGAGACAUCAUCCACCCGUACGUGAAAUACAAGCAGAGUGACUUCUACAAGAUCCCCAUAGAGAUGGUGAACCGGACUCUGCCCACUGUUGCCAUCACCCUCCUGGCUCUGGUGUACCUGGCGGGGCAGCUGGCCGCCGCCCACCAGCUCUACUACGGCACCAAGUACAGGCACUUCCCUCACUGGCUGGAGGGCUGGCUGCAGAGCCGCAAACAGAUGGGUCUGCUCAGCUUCUUCCUGGCUGCGGUGCACGUCCUCUACAGCCUCUGUCUGCCCAUGAGGAGGUCUGAGAGGUACCUGCUGCUCAACACCGCCUACCAGCAGGUCCACGCUAAUGUGGAGAACGCCUGGAACGAGGAGGAGGUGUGGAGGGUGGAGAUGUACGUCUCCUUUGGGAUCAUGAGUCUGGGGCUCUUGUCCCUCCUGGCCAUCACCUCCAUCCCCUCCGUCCACAGCACGCUCAACUGGAGGGAGUUCAGCUUCAUACAGUCCACUCUGGGCUACAUCGCCCUGCUCAUCGCCACCCUCCACGGCCUGCUGUUCGGCUGGAAGCGAGCCUUCGAGGAGGAGGCCUACCGUUUCUACCUGCCCCCCAGCUUCGUGGUGGCCCUGGCCCUGCCGGUGUGCGUCAUCCUGGGCAAAGUGCUGAUGCUGCUCCCCUGUGUCGCCCGCAAGCUCCAUCGGAUCCGGCGGGGCCAGGACAGCAGUCAGUACCGCUGCCAGCGCCUGGAGCCGGUGGGCUCGGCCGCCCACGUCUCACCUGAGAGAGUCACCAUCAUGUGA